UGGCCGAGGAGCCAGCAGCGAGGAGCGCUCGCCGAGCGGCCGGUCGGAGGGGUCCCCGCGCCCCGCACGCCCGCACGCCCGGCCGGCCCGGCCAGGCUCGCAGCGAGCAUGGGCGCGGCGGCCGUGCGCUGGCACUUGUGCGUGCUGCUCGCCCUGGGCGCGCGCGGGCGGCUGGCGGGGGGCAGCGGGCUCCCAGGGGCAGUCGACGUGGACGAGUGCUCGGAGGGCACAGAUGACUGCCACAUCGAUGCCAUCUGCCAGAACACGCCCAAGUCCUACAAAUGCCUCUGCAAGCCGGGCUACAAAGGAGAGGGCAGGCAGUGUGAAGACAUCGACGAGUGUGAGAAUGACUACUACAAUGGGGGCUGUGUGCACGAAUGUAUCAACAUCCCGGGGAACUACAGGUGCACCUGCUUUGACGGCUUCAUGUUGGCCCACGAUGGACACAACUGCCUGGAUGUGGACGAGUGUCGGGACAACAACGGUGGCUGCCAGCAGAUCUGCGUCAACGCCAUGGGCAGCUACGAGUGUCAGUGCCACAGUGGCUUUUUCCUCAGCGACAACCAGCAUACCUGCAUCCACCGCCCCAACGAGGGUAUGAACUGCAUGAACAAAGACCACGGCUGUGCCCACAUCUGCCGGGAGACGCCCAAAGGUGGGGUGGCCUGUGACUGCAGGCCCGGCUUUGACCUUGCCCAGAAUCAGAAGGACUGCACACUAACCUGUAACUAUGGAAACGGAGGCUGCCAGCACAGCUGUGAGGACACAGACACGGGCCCCAUGUGUGGCUGCCACCAGAAGUACGCCCUCCACUCAGACGGUCGGACGUGCAUCGAGAAGGAUGAGGCUGCAAUUGAGCGCUCUCAGUUCAAUGCCACGUCAGUAGCUGAUGUGGACAAGCGGGUGAAACGGCGGCUACUCAUGGAGACGUGUGCAGUAAACAAUGGAGGCUGUGACCGGACCUGCAGGGACACAGCCACUGGCGUGCGAUGCAGCUGCCCGGUGGGAUUCACGCUGCAACCGGAUGGGAAGACGUGCAAAGACAUCAACGAGUGCCUGGCCAACAACGGAGGCUGUGACCACUUCUGCCGCAACACCGUGGGCAGCUUCGAGUGUGGCUGCCGGAAGGGCUACAAGCUGCUGACCGAUGAGCGGACGUGCCAAGACAUCGACGAGUGCUCCUUCGAGAGGACCUGCGACCACAUCUGCAUCAACUCCCCGGGCAGCUUCCAGUGCCUGUGUCACCGCGGCUACACACUCUACGGGACAACCCACUGCGGAGACGUGGACGAGUGCAGCGUGAACAACGGGAGCUGCGACCAGGGCUGCGUCAACACCAAGGGCAGCUACGAAUGCGUCUGUCCCCCGGGGAGGCGGCUCCACUGGAACCGGAAGGACUGCGUGGAGACCGGCAGGUGCCUUUCCCGGGCCAAAGCCUCAACCUGGGCCCAGCUGUCCUGCAGCAGGGUGGGCGGCGUGGAGAGGUGCUCCCUGUUCUGCCCCGCCCACUCACUCUUCGUGCCAGACUCGGAAAACAGCUACAGCCUGAGCUGCGGCAUCCCGGGUCUCCAGGGCAAGACGCCACAGAAGCGAAACAGCACCGGCUCCAGCGCUGGCCCCAGCUGCUCAGGUGCGCCUGCCUCCAUCAGGCAGAAGGCCCGUUUCAAGAUCCGAGAUGCCAGGUGCCGCCUCUGGGCCCACAGCCAGGAGCCAGCAAAGGAGGCCCCGAGGCAGCCGCUGCUGGAAAACUGCCACGUGACCUUUGUGAACUUCAAGUGUGACUCCUCCAAGAAGAGGCGCCGUGGCCGGAAGUCCCCAUCCAAGGAGGUGACCCACAUCACGGCGGAGUUCGAGGUGGAGGCAACGACGGACGAGGCCUCAGACACCUGUGAGGCCGACUGCAUGCGGAAGCGCGCGGAGCAGAGCUUACAGGCCGCCAUCAAGACUCUGCGGAGGUCCAUCGGCCGACAGCAGUUCUCCAUCCAGGUCGCAGGCACAGAGUACGCGAUGGCCCAGUGGCCGGCCAAGGCCCCGGAGGGCCCGGGGGCGUGCAGCACGGGCCAGGUGCUACAGGACGGGAAAUGCGUGGCCUGCGGGCCUGGCACCCACUUCAGCGGAGAGCCGGGCCAGUGUGUGCCGUGCGCCCCGGGGACCUACCAGGACGGGGACGGCCAACUCAGCUGCACGCCAUGCCCCAGCAGCGACGGGCUCGGCCUAGCUGGUGCCCGCAACGUGUCCGAAUGUGGAGGUCAGUGCUCCCCAGGCUUCUUCUCCCCGGAUGGCUUCAGGCCCUGCCAAGCCUGCCCGGUGGGCACGUACCAGCCAGAGCCUGGGCGCACGGGCUGCUUCCCCUGCGGAGGAGGGAUACUUACCAAGCACGAGGGCACAGCCUCCUUCCAAGACUGCGAGGCCAGAGUGCACUGCUCCCCCGGCCACCACUACAACACCACUACCCACCGGUGCAUCCGCUGCCCCGUGGGCACCUACCAGCCCGAGUUCGGCCAGAACCACUGCAUCACCUGCCCGGGCAACACCAGCACCGACUUCGACGGCUCCACCAACGUCACGCACUGCAAAAACCAGCACUGUGGCGGUGAGCUCGGCGACUACACGGGCUACAUCGAGUCCCCCAACUACCCCGGCGACUACCCGGCCAACACGGAGUGCGUCUGGCACAUCUCCCCGCCCCCCAAGCGCAGGAUCCUGAUCGUGGUCCCCGAGAUCUUCCUGCCCGUCGAGGAUGAGUGCGGGGACGUCCUGGUCAUGAGGAAGAGCGCCUCACCCACGUCCAUCACCACCUACGAGACCUGCCAGACCUACGAGAGGCCCAUCGCCUUCACCUCCCGCUCCCGGAAGCUCUGGAUCCAGUUCAAGUCCAACGAAGGCAACAGCGGCAGAGGGUUCCAAGUGCCCUACGUCACCUACGACGAGGACUACCAGCAAUUAAUCGAAGACAUCGUUCGCGACGGACGGCUCUACGCCUCGGAGAAUCACCAGGAAAUUUUAAAAGACAAAAAGCUCAUCAAGGCCCUGUUCGACGUGCUGGCACACCCCCAGAACUAUUUCAAGUACACAGCCCAGGAGUCCAAGGAGAUGUUCCCACGGUCCUUCAUCAAGCUGCUGCGCUCCAAAGUGUCCCGAUUCCUGCGGCCCUACAAAUAAUGCCCGUGGAGCCGCCCAGCUUGGGGACGGCCCGGUACCCAGACGGGGAGGGGAGAGUGCCUUCCCUCCACGGCGGAAGCCAAAAGGCGGCUCCACACGCCUCCGCGCCGCCUCGGGAAGUCACCGGGGCACCUGCCCUUCGGAAACACUGACCGGCCCGUGGGGGUGAGACGGCGUCCAAGCAGAGACCCCAGCCCACCGCACCCCUCGGAUCGCCCCGUUGGGAAAACACUGCUCGAGGCGGCCUUUCUCCCCCCCCCCCCCCCCCCCUCCGCCGGCUCGAUUCCAGGACAGUGCCCUCUCCUGAGCGGCCAGGACGCUCUGUGCCACCACGCGGCCGGGUCCUGGGCAGAGUGCACGUUUCGGGGGUCACGGGUGGCCUCACCCGACGCCUCAAGAGAGAGGGGAGUGUGGCUGCCUCUGUCUCCAGGCAGGCAGGCUCUGAGAGGCCUAAUCGGAGACAGGAAGCCAGGCUGUGGAAGGAGGGGUGCGGGAAGGCAUCUGGGAAGCUCUGAUAAGCCAGUGUCUACACCUGCAAGGCAUCCACACCCCGACUCCUCCGGCCUCGGGCCCAGGACGCAGCGCCGUGUGGCGGGGCUCUAAGGAUUCUGUGAUGGGACAGAAAAGAGCUGCUGGUGGAGGAAACUGUAGAUUUGUGCUUUUCCUUGAUAGAGCAUCUAAUUAAGUCCUAUAUAUAUAUAAAUAUAAAGAUAAAUAUAUAUAUACUUCUAUUUGUGGGUACUUUAGGAAAAUGCUCUUUAGUAACUAUAAAUACGAAUUGCAACCCAUCUCUUCCCCCACGAGCUGUCGCCGGCAUCCCUGAGUGACUCACCCCUCCCCAGGAGCGUGCUGCCCCUGUGUCUGUGGGCCAGGAGCCUCCGGGAAGGGGAGAAGGUAGGAGGGAGCCUGCAGGAAGGGGAGACGGCAGGCUGCUUCUGGACCCACCUGGAGUGCGGAUUCUUUGGGCACUGGGCCCCGAGGCUUUGCUGCAGUGUUGCCUUCAGACGGAAUGUGGUAGAAGACGGUUUCCCCUUGCCCCCUCUCCUGUGGGUACAGGGGCCCAGCAGUAAACGCAGCAAGGGGCGUGUGGCUGGCCCUGAGGCGUGACCUUGGCAUCCAUACUGUGGCCGCGUGCCACAGGGAAGUGAGCCCUUUCCCACGGGAGCACGGGCCACCACGCGACGCCUCCGAGGGCAGGAGCCCACCCCUCCGUCCCACCCGUCCGGGGAGGGCAGGUGGCCAGUGUCGGGAGGCCUGGCCCCGAGAGCAGCCUUCCUUCCUCUGCGACACGCCGUGUCCCUCGUGGAGUCCGUCCUUAAAGAAGAAAAGUCCGGAGUCUGACCAGGGUGCACGGUACGCCCCUCAGCCGGGAAGCCAGAAAAGCCCCCCAACGCGCUGAGUCCUUGCCCGCUGGCUGCCGCUGUGGGACACGCAUAGGAAGUGGUCUGUAUGUUUAGGGUUAACAAACACUCAAAAUUCCAAGACACACGGGAGAGUCUGAAAGCUGAACUCCAGUCACCCAUCCCAAGUGCCUCUAGACGCCUCCUCCUGCCCCCACACGCCAGGGAGCGUGGCGCGGAUGGCGAAGCCCGAGGGCAGGCG